AUGGCUGAUACUGCCCCUGCUGUGGAGCCUCGGGUUAAGCCCACCAAGCCCGAUGAGGAGGCCUACAAGACCAGUUUGGCCCAGGCUGAGAAGGAACACACUGAUGCGCAGGAGAAGUUGAACCAAAUCAAGGCCAAGCUGGACAUCGCCAAGCCCAACAACUCAGACUCGCCAACCGCCAAAAAGCAACAGGAACUCCGCGCCGAACUCUCAUCCAUCCGUCAGAAGCAGUCCGGCUUCAAGUCCUCCCGCUCCAGCACCCAGGAGAAGAUCAAUGCUCUCGAGUCCACCCUCAAGGCCCGCAUUGCGGAGCAGAACAACUCCCGUGGAAAGAUGUCAUUCAAGAACGUCGAGGACGUCGACCGUGAGAUCGCACGCCUCGAGAAGCAGGUCGAUUCUGGUACUCUGCGUCUGGUUGAUGAGCGCAAGGCGCUCUCUGACAUCUCUCAGAUGCGCAAGCAGCGCAAGAGCUUUGCCGGUCUGGACGAGGCCCAGAAGGGUAUCAACGAGCUUAAGGCGCAGAUCUCUGAGCUCAAGAAGACUCUCGACAACCCUGAGGCCAAGGCUCUGAGCGACAAGUACUCCGAGAUCCAGAAGGAGUUGGAUGCCAUCAAGGCUGAGCAGGACGGUGUCUACAAGAACCUGAACUCCCUUCGUGACGAGCGUACCGCGUUGCGCAACGAUCAGCAGAAGAAGUACACCGCCAUCCGCGAGAUUAAGGACAACUACUUCAAGGCCCGUCGUGCCUACAAGGAGUACGAGGACGAGGCUUGGCGUGUGCGCCGUGAGCGCCAGAAAACUGAGCGUGAUGCUUUCGAGCGUGAGAAGCGCAAGAAGAUUGCCGACAAGAAGCUCGAGGAGGCCUCUGCUCUGGCUUACACCGACGAGAUCCUCACUGCUCAGGGUCUCAUUCGUCACUUCGACCCCGCUUUCAACUUCGCCACUCUUGGUCUGGAUGACAAGAAGGAUGCUGGCAGCAACUUCCGUGCUGGUGUUGGUCGUACCGUCGAUGACUCCGGUAUCAAGGGUAUGAAGGUUGUGCGCAAGGAUGAGGAGGACUACUUCAUCGGUGGCGGUGCCAGCAAGAAGGGCAAGAAGGGUAAGAAGGGCGGCGCUGCCGCCCCCGAGGCCACCAAGUUCAACAUGAACGUUGGCAUCAUCGAGGAGUUCAGCAAGGUCAAGAUCGAUCCUCCCAUGAACCAGGCCGAUGUUCCUGCCGUCGUUGAGAAGCUGGCUGCCAAGAUUACCGAGUGGAAGGGUUCCCAGGCUAGCAAAACCGAGGAGAACAUCAAGAAGGCCAAAGAUGAGAUCGCCCGCCUUGAGGAAGAAGAGGCCAAGAUUGAGAAGGCCAGCACCAACGGUCGCAGUACCGAUGCUGCCAAGAAGCCCGCUCAAGCCAAUGGCGCCCCAACCGCGGAAGCCGAGCUGGCACAGGAGAACGAUGCCGUCAAGGAUGCCUCUGAGGAGCUGAAGAAGGCUUCUCUGGAGGACCAGGCAUAG